GUCUCGUCCAAAAGGGGGGGGCACCUGUUCGGCUCGGACCAAAUCUCCGACUUGUCUCUCCGCCUUCGGGGCAUCGAUGGGUCGAUGCUCCCGAUGCCUGGGCGGCCGCACCGGCCGCCAAGUCGGACCAGCAACAGGAGCACCAGGCCAGAGACGCCAGCAGGCUCCGUGCAGGCUCGAGAGCGGAGCCUCUCCUUCGUGGAUCUCACCUUGCAGGACAUCCAAGUGGCCAUCCUGGCGGAAGAUCCCAACUGGAACUUUCAGACGGACUUUUGGCAGGCGGUGCUGCUGGGCGCCGCGGCGCCGGAGUUCCGCUGCAUGCAGAACCGCACCCUGGGCUUCUGGGCCAAGUCCUUCAGCCGCUGGCAAGAUCUGCGGAAGCAGCAGGAGUUGGACCAGCGAUGCACCGUGGCGCAGCUGGAGAAGGUCUUCCUGGGCUUUGCGCGCCCGCGCUGCCUGGAGCUCGGCAAGCUCUUUGGGGGCCUCCGAACUUUGUCCCAGGUCACGGAGAAGACUUCGGUGUGGCUGCCGGAGCUCUUCACGGCGGGGGUUUUGAUGUCGGAGAUCAUCUCCUCCACCAACAAACUCCAUUUCGUUCUUGGCCUAGUCGAUGCCGACGGCAAGAAGAGCUUGAGCGAGAAGGAGUUCGGCAGCUUCGUGGCGCACUUCAUCCGCGGGCUUUGCGGCGCCUUCGGGCUCAACAGCGUGCCGGACGGCCCCCGAACCCGCGACAAGGGCGCUUCGGGCGCUUCGGGCGCGGAUCACCGGGGCCACUGCGCGGGGCUGCUGCUGGAGCGAAGGCACAGCUCCGCCUGGGUGAACAGCGACGAGGAGCAUCGCCUCAGGUAUGCCCAAGCGCCCAAAGAAGAGGCGAUCAACAUCAUCGCGCAACGGCUCUACAGUAGGAUAUCAAGAGGCGCAGCGCGAAGGGUGCUGAAACUGCACAGCAGCUUGAGAACGGAUGCAGAAAGGGCUGCGGUGUUGGCAGCCAUCAAGGCCCGCCAGACGCGCCCAGCCACGGGGGGAAACCCGAAAAGCGAGCAGCGGCUGCCCUUCUCGGUGGUGGUGGACUGGUGCUUUCGCGGAGUCAAGGAUCCCUUGGCACUGCCUUACGCGCUGGCCAUCGAGCGCUUCUGCCCCCGGGAGUCCUCUGCCGACGACAACCCGGAGAACUUCGAGGCGGAGGAGGGUGUCUUCCACCUGCGAAGUGCGGCGGAGGUGGACGCCCGCGAGGCUGAGGCGGCGCAGCACAUGCCCACUCGCUCCGACAUCAUCGCCGCCAGGUUCGUGUACAACUUCGCGGUGGCGCGGAACUACUUCCUGCUGAGCCCGGAGCAGCUCGAGGUGCAGAUGGCCCAGGCGGGGCACGGGGAGGUGGACUUUGCGGUACGCCUGCAGGCGGCCUGCUGCCAGGCUGAGGAGAUCCGCUCCAAGAGCCGCAAGCCCUCGUUCUUGCGGUUCCUGCGGCUGCUGUACGCCUGGGCCAUGCCCAAGCAUCUCCGGAUGUUCGACAGGUGGUGCCAGCAGUACGACGAGCUCCAGGCGAAGAAGCAGCAGAUGAACGCGGACCUCGGAGCCCUCAAGGCGUUCCUGGCGUCCGUAGAGGCCUGGAAGUCUACGCCAAUACUGCCGCAGCAGGAGAAGGACAAGAUCCUGCAGGACUUUGAGCGUAUGGACUUGGAGAAGCGAGGUAUGGUGGAGAUCGGGGAGCUGAAGCAACAGUUCGCCUUCGAGGGACUGGAUGGCUUGCUCCAGGAGUAUGACUCCUCCGGAGAUGGAACCAUCGACAAGAGCGAGUUCCUGACGAUGAUGUGCCCCCCCGGAUACCGCAUUGAGACUGGAGAUGACUUUGUUGGGCAGGUGCUGGGGCAGCUGUUGCAAGCGUACGUGGAGGAGGAGACGAGGUCCGUGACCCAGGAGGAAGAUCGCUUCGAGAAAGGCUCCGCCAGGCUUCGUGCCAACAGCGUCUCGCUCUAUGCGGCGCUGCCCAUGGUGCCAGAGGAGAAGUGGGAGAGUUGGAACGCCCUCUUCACUCACUUGGACCGGGAUGAGGAUGGUUGCAUUUCAGCGGAGGACCUACGUGGCUUCCCGGGCAUCUUCCACUCCGGAGCUGUCCGGGAUCAGCUGCUGGGCGUAUUGGACCCGAAGGCUCACUUUGGGGUCUCCAGAGAGUUCUUCCUGGAGACCUUGCUGAAGACCCACCGCCUCAGGAAGCCGUGAUUUGUGAAUUUAUUUCGAGACACGCGUGGAAGGUCAAUCCAAGCGGGAAAGGAAUUCGUGGGCAU